AAACCCUUCUCCAAACCUCCUCCUCACUCUUUCCUUCCAGCUAUGGCGUUCGUAGCAACCCGAACCAACCCGCUCCUCAAAACUAUCCCCCAUUUCCUCACAUGGAGAACAUUUGGGUUCCGUACAAUUUGCAGCGGCCGCCUAGGCUUCGCGUCUCAAUCGGAGCAAAUCAACACUGAACCCUCCGUCGCCGGAGUCAAGGUUCUCGAGACAUUUAAAGAAGAAUUCGAAAUAGGAUCACGCUUCUUUAUGUUAGAGACGGGAAAGAUUGCUCGUUUCGCUAAUGGUGCCGUCGUUUUAGGCAUGGAAGAGACUAAAGUCUUAUCAACCGUAACGUCCUCCAAAAGUGAUGGCGUUCGUGAUUUCUUACCUCUUACGGUUGAUUAUCAAGAGAAACAAUUCGCUCAAGGUGUGAUUCCGAACACAUUCAUGCGGAGGGAGGGUGCUCCUAAGGAACGCGAAUUGUUAUGUGGUCGUCUCAUUGAUCGACCGAUACGUCCUCUGUUUCCUUCAGGAUUUUACCACGAAGUUCAGGUUAUGGCAAGUGUCCUCUCUUCUGAUGGAAAGCAAGAUCCUGAUGUGAUGGCGGCUAAUGCAACAUCCGCCGCCCUUAUGUUGUCAGAUAUUCCUUGGGGUGGUCCCAUUGGGAUGAUUCGAGUGGGGAGGAUCGGCGGACAGUUUAUUGUUAACCCAACAAUGGAUGAGCUUUGCUUAAGUGAUCUCAACUUAGUUUAUGCCUGUACAAAGGACAACACAUUAAUGAUUGAUGUGCAAGCUCGUGAGAUUUCUGAGAAAGAUUUAGAAGCUGGGUUACGAUUUGCUCACCUUGGGGCAGUUAAAUAUCUUGAACCACAAAUCAGACUGGCUGCUAAAGCAGGUAAACAUAAGAAAGAAUAUAAGUUGUCAAUGUUGUCAGAUAGAACACUGGAGAGAGUCCGUGAGUUGGCAGAAGCUCCUAUAGAAGCUGUGUUUACAGAUCCUUCAUAUGGCAAGUUUGAACGUGGAGAGGCCUUAGAAAACAUUACACAAGAUGUUAAAAGAGUUCUUGAAGAAGAAUGUGAUGAAGAAAGUUUAAAAGGUUUAUCAAAGACAGUAGACACAGUAAGGAAGAAGAUUGUUCGCAGAAGGAUCAUUAACGAUGGGCGAAGGGUUGAUGGGAGACAUCUUGAUGAGGUUAGGCCCGUGUAUUGUGAAGCUGGCAAUUUGCCACAGUUGCAUGGAUCAUCACUUUUCAAUCGUGGAGAUACUCAGGUUCUUUGCACUGUCACACUUGGUGCACCUGCUGACGCUCAACGCUUGGAGUCUGUUGUUGGUCCUUCAACGAAGCGCUUCAUGCUUCACUAUAGUUUUCCACCAUUCUGCAUCAAUGAAGUCGGUAAACGAGGUGGCUUGAAUAGGCGUGAAGUUGGGCAUGGAACUCUUGCGGAGAAAGCUUUACUUGCUGUCUUGCCUCCUGAAGAAGAUUUUCCAUACACUGUUCGUAUCAAUUCUGAAGUCAUGGCAUCUGAUGGUUCAACAUCAAUGGCCACUGUUUGUGGAGGCAGUAUUGCUUUGAUGGAUGCUGGCAUUUCACUGCGUGAACAUGUGGCUGGUGUCUCUGUGGGCCUUAUUAGUGAAGUUGAUCCAUCAACUGGCACGAUAAAGGAUUAUCGUAUAGUGACUGACAUUCUGGGUCUAGAAGAUCACUUAGGGGACAUGGACUUCAAAGUUGCUGGCACCCGAAAAGGAGUUACAGCAAUUCAGUUGGAUAUAAAACCUGCUGGAAUUCCAUUAGAUAUUAUUUGUGAGAGCUUAGAGUAUGCUCUUAAAGGUCGUAUUCAAAUCCUUGAUCAUAUGGAGAGGGAGAUCAAUGCACCACGUGCCCAAGAUAAAAAUUCUCCUCAAUUAGCUACCUUGAAGUAUGGCAAUGACUCACUUCGUCGCUUGGUUGGACCUCUUGGUGCUUUAAAGAGAAAAAUUGAAGAGGAAACAGGUGGACGCAUCGCUGUAAGUGAUGGAACACUCACUGUCGUGGCUAAGAAUCAAUCCAUAAUGGAUAAAGUACUAGAAAAGAUUGACUUUAUACUCGGGCGUGAGAUUGAAAUCGGCGGGAAUUAUAAUGGUGUGGUAACUUCAAUCAAGGAAUAUGGUGCAUUUGUUGAGUUCAAUGGUGGCCAACAAGGCCUUCUGCACAUCUCAGAGCUGUCACAUGAACCAGUUACCCGUGUUUCGGAUAUUGUGUCUGUUGGCCAAAAGCUUACGUUGAGGUGCAUAGGUCAGGAUGUUCGUGGCAACAUCAAAUUAUCCCUUAAAGCUUUAACUCAAACUGGAUCUGUUAAAAAUAAUGUUCCUGAAACACCUGUCUCAUCCUUGAAAGUAAAUCAAACUGGAUCUGUUAAAAAUAAUGUUCAUGAAGCACCCGUCUCAUCUUCGAAAGAAGUGCCUAAAUAUUCAGCAUUAUCUGAGGACAUGUUUAAUGGACCAGAGAAGGAUGAUGACUCUUCAGAUACAUCAGAAGAAGAGUUGGUUAACAAAAAUGAAGGUAGUGCGGCAGAUCUCAGUAGUUUAUCCAUUCCACAAAUUCUAAUUCGAAGCGCUAUUGAGUGUGAUGAGGAAGAAAACUAUGCUGGUUUGAAGAGAAAUGCUAAUAGCAAAUCUAAAUCCUUUGGUGCUUCUGAAGGAGAUAGGAGGUCAAAAUUUUUAUCCCAAAUGAAAGAAGAGAGAAAAUCUGAUUCUAAGUCUAAAAGUCAGGAUGGAGAUGAACUUAAGAAGACUAUUACGUCCUUUUUUCAUAAUAGGAAUGAUACAGAAGCUGAAACUGAGGCUACCGUUACUGCAAGAAGCCUGAAGUUAGGAAUGAAAGUUACUGCAAAGGUGUAUCAGAUUCGAGCUCAUGGAUUGGUCCUUGAUUUAGGUGGGGGACUUCGUGGAAUGUAUCGCUUUGAGACAAAUGGUAGGAAGGACUUUGAGAUUGGUGAGGAGUUAAGAGUUGAGUGUUCAAGUUUUUCAACCAAAGGCAUUCCUGUUCUGUCUUUGUUAGACGAUGAAUAGGUUUGAAUAAGGCUGCUCAGAAUAUUCUGUACAAGAACAAUUUCACAUUAUGGGCAACUAGCAAGACGAUUGAUAUGAAGAGACUUUGGUUGCAAAAUGGGAGAUGUUCAGUUUCAAAUUCUUCCAGAAAGUUGACUUCUUCAAGUUUUGUAAAUUUCCAAUAAGGUUUUGGAAGAUGUGGCUUUUGGGGUUUGGAAACAGCUUAUUAUCAACCUUUACCAGCCUGAGUAUAACAGGAAUUUUGGGUCACAUAGUAGAGUCAGCACUACUCGAAGCUUAGGGAAUGGUACUUGUAGAUGAGCAGUUAUCUCUUAUAAAGGUGACAGUGAGAA